AUGAAGGUGAAAGUCAUCAGCCGCAUCGAGGAGGAGUACACUCGGGAGACGAAAUCGGAAGCGAUUAAAAUCCACCGCAAUUUAGACCCACGGUUACGACCGAUGCACCGAGCGACGGAGUAUAAACGAGCGUUGAACGCGACAAAGCUAGAUAAAGUGUUCGCGAAACCAUUUUGUGGCGCGUUUGAAGGACAUUCGGACGGGAUUUUGUCCCUGGCGAAGAAUACGCAGAACUUGAAACAGAUGGCGAGUGGAGCCGCCGAUGGGGAAAUACGAGUUUGGGAUUGUCCGUCGAGGAAAGCGCUGAGAAUUUUGAAUUCACAUUCCGGGGCCAUACGAGGAUUAAGUUUUGAUAGGACCGGAGGGAAGUUAGUGUCGUGUUCGGACGAUCGAUCGAUACGGAUUUGGAACGUUCCAGAGGCUGAAUUAGGAGAACUCGGGAGUCGCGAGACGAGACGGGAGGAACGCCCGGCGAUGGUCGUCGCCGGAGAAAGCGCGUAUAGAGACGUGGAUUGUCACUGGGGGAAAGAUAUGUUUGCCACGGCGGGGAACUGCGUAGAUUUAUGGGAUAUGAAUAAAGAUGCGCCGGUGAGCUCGUUCGAGUGGGGGUGCGAUACGGUGUUGUCGGUGAGGUUUAAUCCCGCGGAACCUGAGAUUUUCGCCAGUUGCGGCAGCGAUCGGUCGAUUGCUUUAUACGAUUGUCGAACGAAUACGCCGACGAGGAAACUCAUCAUGCAAAAUAAGUGCACAAAAUUGUGUUGGAAUCCGAUGGAGGCGUUUAACUUCACCGUCGCGAACGAGGAUUGUAACUUGUACAGUUACGACAUGCGAAAAUUGAACGUGUCGACGUGCGUGCAUAAAGAUUUCGUUUCCGCGGUGUUGGACGUGGAUUACUCGCCGACUGGGAGGGAAUUCGUAGCCGGUUCUUACGACAAGAGCAUUCGUUUGUUCGACUUUAACAGCGGUCACUCGAGAGAUUGUUAUCACACGAAACGAAUGCAGAGAGUGUUUUGCGUGAAAUUUAGCAUGGACGGCACGUACGUCUUUAGUGGUUCGGACGAUUUCAACGUCCGAUUAUGGAAAGCGCACGCGAGCGAAAAGGUGGGCACAUUACUCCCGAGAGAAAAACGAAAAAUGCAGUACAACGAAGCGUUGAAAGAUCGAUUUAAGCACAUGCCUGAAAUUAGACGCAUUGCAAAUCACAAACACGUCCCGAAAUCGAUUCAUAAAUCAGCCAAAUUGAGACGAACGAUGACUGACGCUCAAACCAGGAAGAAAGAAAGAAGAGUGGCGCACGCGGCGCCGGGCGCGCAUAAGAAGGAGUUCAAACCAAUGAGGAAAGAGAGAAUCGUCGAAGAGUUGGAGUAA